AUGGCGCUCGCAUCCGGGUUCUGCCCGCUGCCGUCGUACACCCCGGGUGCGUCCCGGUGCGACCCCUUCUUCCUGGGCCUCGGCUUCAGCGACGAGUUCUGCGACCCGUCGUUUGCCGGCUACUACGACUACGAGGAGUACGCCCCAUCGAGCCCUUCGCCGCUCGCGAGCUCCAAGGACUACUACACUCCAUCGAGCCCUGACUACAGUCCGGCGAGCCCGGACUACACUCCCGCGAGCCCCGACUACACGCCGGCGAGCCCGGACUACACUCCCGCGAGCCCCAACUACACUCCGGCAAGCCCUUCGCCGUCGCUCGAGUACACUUCGUCGAGCCCGGUUCGGCUCGCUUUUAUGAUGCCGUCUCCUCCGCGCGGCGCAUCCCCAGACUACACGCCCCUGACGCCGUCAGAGCACGCUGCUACAUCACCUUACUACACUCCGUUGAGUCCUGCUGGUCCCGGGCACGCUUCUUCGCCGGAUUACACGCCCAGCACGCCGCCUCCGUCCCCACUGGCGGUGUCUGACGCCGAGUCGUGCGCAUCGCCGUAUUACACACCGUCAACUCCUUCCAGGAGCGCCGAGUCGCCAGACUACACGCCCAGCACGCCGCCUCCAUCGCCCCUGGCGUCAGAAGCAGAGUCGUGCACGUCUACAGCGCGCUGCCGCCACCAUCCUUACCAGAGGAGCGGCACUGGCCGGAUCAGCCGCGGUGGACGUCGGCGAGCAUUGGGAUAUUGA